CGAGUGGGGGAGGGGGGGGAGAGCGGGGCGAAGCACCGGCCCGGAACUGAUGGGGGAAAGACGGGGGCGGGCGGGGCGGUGUCAUUUAUAGCCGGCCGCUGCUUGUCCGUCAAGUUCAGCUCUAGUUCCCAGGAUCACUCUCGGGCACAAGGUCGGACGAUCUAGAACUGAGAUUUCAAAAUGACUUCCAUAUUGACUCGUACUUUAAGAAAUCUGCCUCUGACAUACACCUGGGCCACCAAAUUCCCUUUAAGAUCGUUGACUACCUCCCAGCCACUGACAACAGCUGCGCAAACCCAAAGUAAGAAGACCUUAACCAAGCCCAAUGUGAAGAAUAUUGUGGUAGUGGAUGGUGUGCGCAUUCCCUUUCUGCUGUCUGGUACCACAUAUAAAGAUCUGAUGCCACAUGAUUUGGCCAGAGCAGCACUAAAGGGCUUAUUACAUCGAACCAAUAUCCCAAAGGAUAGUGUCGAUUAUAUUGUCUAUGGUACAGUUAUCCAAGAAGUGAAAACAAGCAAUGUUGCUCGAGAGGCUGCCCUGGGAGCUGGCUUCUCAGACAAGAUUCCUGCUCAUACUGUCACUAUGGCUUGCAUCUCUUCCAACCAAGCCAUGACAACAGGUUUUGGUUUGAUUGCUUCUGGCCAGUAUGAUGUGGUUGUGGCAGGUGGUGUGGAGUUAAUGUCGGAUGUCCCGAUUCGACAUUCUAGGAAGAUGAGGAAACUGAUGCUUGAGCUUAACAAAGCUAAGACUCUGGGUCAGCGACUGUCUGUAGCUUCUAAAUUCAGGCUGAAUUUCUUGGCACCAGAGCUCCCUGCUGUGGCUGAAUUCUCAACCAGUGAGACAAUGGGCCAUUCUGCUGACCGACUGGCUGCUGCGUUCUCUGUUUCCCGCGCAGAGCAAGAUGAAUAUGCCCUUCGUUCUCACAGUCUAGCCAAGCAAGCCCAGGAGCAAGGGCUGCUCACUGAUGUCAUCGCCUUCAAAGUUCCAGGAAAAGAUACAGUUACCAAAGAUAAUGGCAUUCGUCCUUCCUCUUUGGAACAAAUGGCAAAACUGAAACCUGCAUUCGUUAAACCGUAUGGCACAGUCACAGCUGCUAACUCCUCUUUUCUGACAGAUGGAGCUUCAGCAAUGCUGAUUAUGUCAGAAGAAAAAGCUUUGGCCCUUGGUUAUAAACCAAAGGCAUACUUAAGGGAUUUUGUGUAUGUGUCUCAAGAUCCAAAAGAUCAACUUUUACUAGGGCCAACAUAUGCUACUCCGAAAGUGCUAGAAAAAGCAGGCUUAACACUGAAAGAUAUUGAUGUCUUUGAAUUUCAUGAAGCUUUCUCAGGUCAGAUUUUGGCUAACUUCAAAGCGAUGGAUUCAGAUUGGUUUGCACAAAACUACAUGGGUAGGAAAUCAAAGAUUGGUGCACCUCCUUUGGAGAAGUUUAAUACCUGGGGUGGAUCCCUGUCCCUUGGACAUCCCUUUGGCGCUACUGGUUGUCGUCUGGUCAUGGCUGCUGCCAACAGAUUAAGGAAAGAUGGUGGUCAAUAUGGAUUAGUUGCUGCCUGUGCAGCUGGAGGACAGGGCCAUGCCAUGAUUGUGGAGGCUUACCCCAAAUAAGAGGACUAGAAAGUCCCUGAAGGAUCUGUGGGAGUCACAUGCCAGACAACACCAUUUCAGUGCACUGAUAUGAAGUCAUCUAUAAUUGUGUGCUUUCGUUAAAUAGCUCCUAAGUAAGCCUCAUGAGUGUUUUGAGCUAUUCAGUUAUCAUGACUUGUAACUCUUUCAAGGAUUUCUUAACCUAACAAUAUAAUGCUUCCAAACGGGUCUUUUUUCUUUUUAAAUUUUUUUUUUGUCAGUUUCAUUAGAAACUAAAUGAGUGGUUGUAAUUUUGGGGAACAGAUUAUUAAGAUUUGAAAUCAUCUGUGUUACAUUCUCAAAAUCUACUCAUUGAGAACUUUAUUUUGCUAAUAAUAUAGAGAUAAAUUUGGGUUCUUACAUUAGAAAUAAAAUACAAACCAAGUGCCUAAUCUAAUUUGAUAAUGAAAGGAUGAUGUAAAAUCUAAACUACACUGAGAAACAUCAGUAAAUGUUUAGAUAUGGAAAUAUCAUCCCUAUUUGCCCACCUUAAUAAACAUAAGAAGUAUUAGAGACUGGAUGCUUUUUUAAUAGGGUGUGGUGGGGCAUGGGUGGAUAGUUCUUGCUAAGUAUCAUCAUGUCUCUAGUUAACUUAUAGGCAACUCCUGUUCAUUUAAAUCAAGCAUAGAACCAGAAGGAUAAACGCCAGUGUUUUCUUCUGAAUAGUUUAUGGAUUUUUAACCCAAAGUAAAAUAAUUUCAGCCUUUAAGACAGAGGUGUCUUGGUCAAAUGUUAAUAAAAUGUUGGAAAGCUCUGAACUUAGACCAGUGUACCUUAGAUCCUCUAGCCUAUUUUUUUUUUUUUAAAUCUACUAAAGAAAAAUUGAACUCACCCAGAUUGGUUAUGAGAUUUUUUUUUUGCAAGGUAAAGUUCAGUUACUUAUCAGCAUUAAUUGUACCUGUCUUACACAAUUAGAUAUUUGGCAGAGUACUUUUAUUUGUUCUAAACUUGGUUCACUCAGUGUUCAAAGGGUGGCCCCUCAUUUUCAUUAUCAUUUAAUCAAGUUAGUGAAUUUAUAUUCUUGUUGUACAUGAUUUUAUGAACUUCAGUUUUGUCUUCCUCUUAGUAGUCAUCUUUUCCAAACUAAAAAACUCUAAUCUUUUCGAUUAGUCCUCAUAGUUCAAUCUCCUGAUUGUCUUGUCAGCUUUAUUUGCUUCUCCCCAGACGUUUCUCCUAUUGAAUCCUCAUAUUCUCUCUAUUGAAUCUCACCUAAAGGGUGGCAUUUUACAGUGACAUCUAGAUGCUUCUUGUUGGCAGUAAGAGUGGGCUCCAGGCCUCUCAGACCCACUGUUCAUUAUUACACUUUUAACACAUCACACCUCUUCUAUUUAAUAACCCAUGUAACCUUGGCCACCCUUUUGGAGCUUCAGUCUUCUUAUACGGGAAGGAAGGGGUAUGGCCUAUGUGGCCUCCGAGGCCCCUUCCAACUCUGUCUGUGUUCUUGAUUAUAUCAUCUCCCAGUAGAUUAGGCAACUGUAAGACUAGACAACAGGUGAGUUGUUAGUCUGUAUCAGCAGAGGGAAUUAGUUCCCACACCAAUGAAAUCUUACAUCCAGACAAAAAUCAAAAUGUUUUUGGUAGGAAGGGAAGAAGACCUGAAAGGAGAUGGAAGAAGAAAACUUCUGAAGACAUAAAUUAAAAAACAACAACUCACAUAUGAAAAGAAGUGAGCCAUUGUUGGGGGUGGGGUUUGGGGGGGGGGGGGAGAGAAUUUAAAUAGAGCAUCACUCUAGUGCUUAUAGUAAGAUGUCAAAUGUUGCAAAUUAACUUUUAUAGCCAAGGAUUAAUUUCUUCUGGAAACUUUUUAAGUUUUUAAGUAAAAUAGCAAUUUUCCCUAAGGAAAAAUUCCAAAAUCUCUUAUUAUAAAACUACUGUCAAUAACUUUUAUCACUAUGUAACUGUGUUAAAUAAAUACAUUAAGCCAU